AUGUCGUCAACCAAUAAAGUCAGAACAAUUAAACAAAUUGUUAAUGCCAUUGAACAAUCUGAAGGUGCUGGAGCACGUGUCAGACGUUCCAUUGGAGUUAUGACUCAAAGAAAGUUCAAUCCAUUCUUAAUGUUUGAUCAUUUUUCCAGUAGUGGUACCAAUGGAUUCCCUGAACAUCCACAUAGGGGACAAGAAACCAUUACUUUGGUAUUACAUGGGGCUAUGGCUCAUGAAGAUUUCACGGGGUCCAAGGGUGUUUUGUAUCCUGGUGAUUUACAAUUUAUGACUGCUGGUAAAGGGGUGGUUCAUAGUGAGAUGCCCAUUGCUAAUAAAGACGGAUCUCCAACUGUUGGGUUACAAUUAUGGGUUGAUUUGCCUGAUAAAUUGAAGGACUGCGAACCUCGAUACCGUGAUUUAAGAGAAUGGGAAAUCCCUACCGUUGAACAACAAGAUGGGAAAUUGAAGAUUAAAGUUAUUAGUGGUAAAUCAUAUGGAGUUGAAAGCGUUAAGGAUUUGGCUUAUACUCCUAUUGAAUAUUACCACUAUACUGUUGGAUCAGGAGGUCAUUUCAAACAAGAUUUGGACCCCAAGUUCAACUUCUUUCUUUAUGUUUUAAGAGGUGAUGGUCUUGUACUCAAUGGAGGUGAAAGAGUCAAGCAAUUCCAAAACGCAUUCCUCAGUGAAAAUGGUGAUCAUAUUACUGGUGAGAAUAAGGGUUCAGAUGAAGUGGAAUUCAUCUUAGUUGGUGGUGAAAAGUUGGAACAAGAAACCGUUCAAUACGGUCCAUUUGUGUCUAACUCAUCUCUGGGUAUUCAAAAGGCUUUUAUGGAUUACCAGUAUGCUCGUAAUGGGUUUGAAAAUAUCAAAAAAUGGAAGACAUUGAUCUCUGGUGGUGUUACCCAAGAUAUGAUUGACGGACCAUUAGGCGGGAACAAGGAAGCUCGUGAAGAGAUGAAGAAGGAGUAUCUUGAAAGUCAUUAA